UUCCAGGUUAAACCUGGGCUAGGAUUAAAGAGCAGACUGAGGAUGCAGAAUAUUCCAGCACUGCCUUGCGGUAAAGCCCUCUACUCCUACGAAGGCAAAGAACCAGGCGAUCUCCAGUUCUCCAAGGGGGACAUCAUCAUCCUGCGACGCAAAGUUGACGACAACUGGUACCAUGGCGAGCUCAAUGGUUGCCACGGUUUUCUGCCUGCCAGUUACAUCCAGCUGCUGCGUCCCCUGAGCCAAACUCCACCUCAGGGCAAAGCUCUGUACGACUUUGAGGUCAAAGACAAAGACCAGGAUAAAGACUGUCUGGCCUUCAGCAAGGAUGAGGUCCUGACAGUAAUCAGGCGGGUGGACGAGAACUGGGCAGAAGGCAUGCUGGGAGACAAGAUUGGCAUCUUCCCCAUUCUCUAUGUGGAGUUAAAUGAAACAGCCAAGCAGCUGAUGGAGAUCGACAAGCCCACGUCAACUAAUGCUCCAGGUCCAAGCUCUGAGCCAGCCUCAUUGGGCCCCUGCUCUCCUGGCCCCUCCCCCAGCGCAUCCCCGUCCAAUGGGAACGGCUCUGGCCAUCGAAGAGGAGAGGGGAAGAAAAAUGCAAAGAAGAGGCAUUCGUUCUCGGCGCUGUCUGUCAGUCAGAGGGCCGCCCAACUCAACAACAGACACAGUAUGGAGAUCUCCCAUCCGGUCCUCAUCAGCUCCUCUGACCCCAGAGCUGCCGCCCGCAUCCAGGAUGCGUCUCAUCCGGGUCCCUCUCCCUCCUCGGCAGGGGUACUGGUGCCCCCCAAAGUGGCAUCCAUAACCUCUGAGCUGCUGGCCCAUGCCAAGGUGCAGCUGCCACUCAACAUAUAUCUGGCUCUGUACGCCUACAAGCCCCAGAAGGCUGACGAGCUUGAACUUAGGAAAGGGGAGAUGUAUCGAGUGACAGAGAAGUGUCAAGACGGCUGGUUCAAAGGCACCUCGCUGAGAACGGCUGCCUCAGGCGUCUUCCCAGGAAACUACGUCACCCCGGUGUCCAGGGCUCCCUUUGGAGUUGGAUCUUCUCGUGGUUCAUGUUUGUCCAGUCCAGUUGGUGGAGUCGGGGGCGGGUGCAGUCAGGUGGGGAAUAAAAUCUCCGACCCUUCGUCCCCAGGCUCCCCAGGGCCCUCUUCGUCUCGUCCCUCCACGCCGCUGAUCAACUCAGCCAACUCUGUUAACUCCACCAGUCCUGCCUCCUCACCACAAUCUGCAGCCGCCCAGCUGAAGAACUGCCUGCGCUCCAGUCAGCACACAGUUAACCAAGCACGCACCUCAAUGCAGCUGGUCCACAGUCCUCCUGCUGGAAGCCCAGAGCGCCCCACGUCAGCCAACUCCCCCCUGCGUCCUCAGAGCUCCUCCCCCUCACGCUGCUCUGGCCAAUCCGGUCGCCCGCUCUCCAUGGUGUCUCCAGGCCCCAGCUUGGGGCCCUCACCCCUCUCUUCCCCUGCCUCGCGGCCCCUCCUCCCCCUCUCCUCCGCUCUCUCCUGUCUCACGCCUCCCAACGUGUCAGCUGUGCUCCUCAACGGGGAUCCAGCCAAUCCCCUGCAGCCGCUCUCACCGGGUCCCUCCCACGCCUCAACGCAGGGCGCCCUCGCACCCAAAGUAGAGAAGAAGGAAAGGAAAGCAGCAGGUUUAUUAAAGCUCCUGUCGGGGGCGGCAGCCAAGAAGAAACCUCGAUCACCUCCGUCCUCCCCGCCCACCCACGAUUCCAAUCACUGCCCUGUGGCCACCGACCCUGCACUCCAUCCUCACCACCAUCACCACCACGCCCGCUCAGGUUCCUGUCCCAUGGCAUCUCAUGGGCGAGCAGGCUCCUGUCCAAUCGAGAGCGAGAUGGCGGGGGCCAUCGGUCUGGAGCCUCUGCACAGGAAGUCAGGUUCUCUGGACACCAACUUCCCCUUGUCGCCCCCACCAACACGCGCUGGCAACCCUCUGAUGGUCCUCAGGCCUGAACCCAAACCUCUGUCCAGAGAGAGGUUCCGUGUGGUGGUGCCCUACCCGCCGCAGAGCGAGGCGGAGAUUGAGCUGCGGGAGGGAGACGUGGUGUUUGUCCAUAAGAAGAGGGAGGAUGGCUGGUACAAAGGCACCCUGCAGAGGACAGGACAGACCGGCCUGUUUCCCAGCAGCUUCGUGGAGAGCUUCUGAACUGGAUCAGGUUGAAAGAAGAGCACACACUGUUCCUGACACUAAAAGCACACACACACAAACGCCUCUCAGUGACAUAUAUAUAUACUCAAAGGAUGGAGCGACAUUGGUUUCGCUGAAUUACAGGUUUAGAAUUAAUUCUGAAACUUAUUUUGAUAAGACACGUCAUUAAAGCUGGGGUUGGUAGUCGAGAAGUCAGAUUUAGAUAUACUUUUUGUUAUACUGGUUAAAAUGAUCUUUAUGUCCCGAUGGUGAUCAAUACAUAAUGUGUUCUUAAAAAAGACGGAAAAAAGCUGUUAUCUACAGCCGGAGUAAACCUGGGAAAACACCAACCAAUCACUGUUUUUGGGGUCCAAAAUUUUAAACCAAUCAAAUCCCGUCCUGCCGUUCUGCCCGCCUCCAGCACGUACAUUUCCCCAGCGUGCACUCCCCGUCCCCUGCCUCUGCUUCCCCUGCCUCUACUGACUGCCCCUCUCGCUCGGCCUCGGGCCUGUCCCCUCUGACCCGGUGAGGUGCUUUGCUCAGGGCUGUAGUCCGGAUCAGAGUCUAAAAAGCUCUCACCACGGGGGCUCUGACAAGCAAAAGAAUUAAUGACAUUUAGUAAGUCCUACAGAAAUGUAUAUGUAUCGUAGCGUCCAUCCGCACGUUGUAGGGAUGACGAGCCGAUUCGUGAACACGUAGAUUUUUAAUAACCGGUCACUGUCGGCCGUGACCACGGCAACCAACAAAGCAACAAUCAAUGUUUGAAUGAAUGAAAAACUUCUCCUCUUGUCUCUCCUCUCUCCCACUCGCACACUCUACACCUCUCCUGAUGCCUUCACGGACUGUCAACACUGUAGGAAUUAAGAACACCUACACUGAACACGUUUAACAAACAGUAGAGCUGUUACAGUAUUAUAUAUGUGUUAUAACUUUUCUCCUGAUAUUGUGUCACCGGUACAACUGGAUAAUGCUAGCAUGAUAGUUGUGAGUACUAACAGCAGCCAUGUUUGUUUGUGUUUUUAACUUUCACUAUGAUAAUGUUUUGGUGAGGACCGGUUUUGAAUCAGUCACGAUCAUAUGGUCACAAAUCUGUGGCACUCGUGCAUACAAGCGGGGGCGUCGUUUUGGAGGAGCUCCGAGGGGAGGGGGGGAGGGGUUAGACGGAGUCCUGAGGAAAUGCUACAUUCAAAUUCAUGCUAGUUUUCCAAGACUACCAACCCUAGCUUUAAGAUAGUCAAAUAUGUUUAAGGAGUUUAUUUCAAGAAUAAUCUGUCAAGACACUCGGGUUUGAGGUGAGAGGAAAUUCAAAUGAAAGAUUAUUGAAGUCUAAAACAAAACAUUAUUAAUAGCAACUACUUUUCGAAACCAAUAUUGGUCCAACCACUUUACAAACACACACAUGCAACCACACAAGAAAGUAGGCCCCGGCUUUGACCAGCCACACAGAAAGCAGGGCAGCUUUUCUCCUCAGAGGGGCUCCAUCAGACUUGUUGUUAUGACCCGUGAUGUUGACUACUGAAGGCUCAAAGAGCACAGAAAGACGAACCUGCCUCCCCGCUCUCUCCUCCUCGGCAUCAUCCACCAGCAAAACAGGAGCACAACAAGCAUCAGCUCUGCUUUCCACUGAGACCUCAGAACAUGAAACCGGGGUGCUUUCUUGGUUUCAAAAGUAAAGACUUAUGACGAGAAGUGUCACGCUCCAGGAUCAUUGUAAGCACAUCUCUGUGUCUAGUUUGUGACAACAAGCACAUGUGUUUCUUAACCCAGUAUGUGUUAAUAACAGUGCAUGUAGCAUUAUUCUGUUUUUUUUUAUAUGUUGAAAUAGAUGUUUGUGUUGUCCCAAACUAGUCAUGCUGUGAUGAUCGUUCACAGGGCUUUGAUUUGAAAGCAAACUAAAUUAGGUGAUUAAUAUUUCUAUUUAUAUAUCUUACUGAAAUUUAUACAGUUUUUUAACUUAAAGUCAUCCUUUAUAGAGUCACAGAGCGGGAUGGAACUGAAUAAACUGGCCUUCUGAAUGUAGGAAGAAACAGAAAAUUAUGCCAAAACUCUUGAAACAACUGAUUUGUAUUGAGAAAGUUGUUUUUUGAUUUUCUGUAGGAUUUUAGAGACAAAGAAUGCACUUGGUAAUAUUUGAUACAACCUGCCAAUAUAUAUCUACUUCUACAGUAUUUUACAUCAUUAUUUAUUUAACAAAGGAGGUUUCUAUUGCUACGUGUCAGAUUCUUCUGUUUCAGACAUGUUUUUCUCUUUAACACAAACCUCUUCAGCUGGACAAAGUCUUAAUCCAGCCUGUUCAGUUUAAAAAGUUAAGAUUAAAAGACACAGUCACUGAUGCAGUUAGUCAUGGGAAAACUUCACAUUCUGUCAUAAAUAUUGCUUACAGUAAUAUCUCUUCAAUUGCCUUUUUAAGUCUAACUGCAGCAAUAUUGUUUAAUGUGUGCAGAUUUCAUGCUCAUGGGAAAAUGUACAGUCAAGAGGCGGGAAUGCAGAGACACAAGUUUUACAUCACACAACUGCCAACCUUUUGACAACAUGUCCUCUGAUCUCAUCCACCUUUAUUGAGUAUUUUUGUACGGCUUCAGUGAGUGUUACCGUCAGUCUGCUUUGUGAAUCUCUACGUUCUUGCGUGUGGAUCCAGGCUUGUCUUGUUUACAUCCACCCACAACCAUCUACCUUUUAUCCUUCUUUCUGUAGACAGAAGCACAGUGAAACUCAGAGACCGACUGUGCUUAUCAAUGAGUGCGUGAGUGGGUGUGUGAGAGAGCAAGAGGGGCAGCCGGAUUUCAGUGUUUGAAUGUUCAAAUGUUCGUCCUCUCCUGCUUUUUUUUUUUUUUUAAUACUGAGCCACAGUCGAGCACAAACAACGCUGGCCAUGUGCACACAGGUGAGGCUCUCUCAUUGGCCAAGCACAAAUAUAACUACAUGAGUGUUAUUAGGUCCUUAACAGGUGAGAGUUUGUCAUUGGUGAAGCAAAUGUGAAUGUCCUUGGUGAACUGCACUAUGACCAUAAGGAAAACGAUAAGAAUACAAAAUUCAGUGUAGAAAAGUUAUCAGAAAUGCCUUUUUAUUAAAAAACAUUAAAGCAACAAAAGUUCCCCAGAGUCAACAAAGUUAACAUUGAAUUAAAAACUUGAAUAUCUUAUUCUCAAUGAUGUGACUUGAAAAACAAAGAUGUCAGAUUUGCAAAAAGCUCUUCACAGGCCUAUAAAAACAAGCACAGGCAAAGAACUAUAGUAGACAGCGAACACAUCAAAACACAGUUUUCUCAAACUCCUUUUACCCCAAUAAAUAAUAUGAUAAAAUCCUCAUAUCGCUGAUAUUUAAGCCUUAAAACAAAACAAAAAAAGCAGAUUUUUUUAUAUCUGAAUGUUUUGUUUUUAUUGUCUUUGUCUCCAUGUGAAGGUUCUCUAUCAUGGAGGAAAUAGAAGCAAAAGCAAUUAGUACAUGUAAAGAGUUUUUUUUCUUCAUAUACUCGAUUUUAAGGUCAAGAACCUUUACUCCAGUCCCUAAAGUGUACAACAAGUUGGACAAAAACGUAACAAAGUGAAAACAAACAUGUUCAUUACAGGGCACAUCAUGCUCUGCAGUCAUCUUCAUGCUGCUUGCAGUGCAGUCUGGGUAGUCCUGUGCAUCUGUGCCAGACACUGUUCUCCAGCUGGUCACAGCUCCAGUGGAAAUAAGUGACAUAUUCACUCACACAACACAAAUAUUAAAGUACAGGAGAAAUAACUGAAAAACAGUUACACAGUGGACUUAUGGCUGUGAAGCACUUUUUCUGUUUUAUUCAUCCUGUCGUGAAGAAAUGUAGUAUAACAAUGGUUUUCUUUUAAUGAAGUGUUUAGUGCAGCUAGUUUAUUAACCAUUAAAAAGGUCAAAAUGAAAUGUCAGACUUUAGCAGAACAUCAUCUUUAUGAAGCUUUAGUCACAGAAUUGGCCUUUAAAACAUGUCAUUCAAACUUGUGUGCAUGUGAAUGCCAACAAACACACACAAACAAACAUUCUUAGGUGUAAACAUCAGUCAGAUAACUGUCUUUUAUCUCCUCUGUUUCUUUGUGCUGGUACGAUAAGCCUGCUGGCUGUUUUUCUUAAACCUCUGUUCUUUUUGACUGAAUGACAAAAACCAGCAGAUCUCUCAGAACAGCUCUGCUCAAACCCUGAGUGCAGUUUCCCCUUUGUUCUGAACAGAGGACUCUAAUUUCUACUGAGUCAAACUUAAGCACAAGUCCUCGUUUUUGUCAGAGGUCAUCAGAUCUAAAGGUCUUACUAUUAUUUGAAUGAGGUCGAUGCUGUGAGGAGGAGCAGAGUUUACAACAGUCCCAAACAUCAGGAAUAAAACCACUGCACGGUGGCCACUUUACGAGAAAUAUCUUGAACCGCAAGUCUUGCAAAAUGUACUCAUGACAUUUGUGUUUAUUUAUGUGCUGUAAGCUUGUCUUUGGUCUCAGUUUCCUGGAUGUAAAACGCCACUUUUAGAACUCAUGGUGACAGCUUGAAAAUGUGAACAAGCUAACCAGCAGCAGCAGGAGUUGUAAACUCUACUGGACAUGGACAUAAAACUUAAAACACCAUGCACAUCAGAUUUUCAGUGGGUUUGAUCUCAAACUGCUGUCCAGUCCUGUUUGUUUCUUAUUUGUCCUUCCAGGAAGCUUGAGCACUCGCCCUGCCAUCUUGAAUUAGAUGUCAGCCAUAUUUGUUCCUAUGGAUACUUGUGUGUUUGAACGUGUGUUUGUGUGUGGGUGUGUGAAGGGAGGGGGCCUCUGUAUGUAGCUCUUUACAUAAAUAAGGAACUUGAUGAAAAAGGUUUGGUGUGGCAUGAAUGCUCAUGCAUUGUCAGGACUGGGUAAAUAAAGCCGUACGGUGGGAGUACCAGAAAAGAAGAAAGUAUAUAUAUAAUUCUAUAUUGUGCAGAAUAUUUAUAGGCCUUUUGUGCCAUUGAAGUCAUGCUCUGUGCUGGACAUGCCCAGUGCUCUCUACCAUGUGAUCAUUAUACAUCGUCUUGUACUGAUGACCCGUGGCUGAUUUGAUUGUUUUUUCAUGUCAAGUGCAUUUUUCGCAAUAAAUGCCUUUGUUUUAAACAGA